GCUGGCGGCGGCGGCGGCGGCGGUACCCAGAGGGGAGCGGGUCCGGAGCGGGCCGCCGGACCCAAAACCGAGGGGGGCGUCUGGGGUGUCAGGGAGCUCCCUCUCCCGGGCCUCGGCGGCUUGAUGGAGUAAGAGGGGUCGGCUGUGAGUGUGUGACGUUGAGUGCUUCAGAUCUGGUCACUAUGGUACGAGAACGAAAAUGCAUAUUGUGCCACAUUGUGUACAGCUCAAAAAAGGAGAUGGACGAACACAUGCGGAGCAUGUUGCAUCACAGGGAACUUGAGAACCUGAAGGGCAGGGACAGUAGUCAUGAGUGCCGAGUGUGCGGGGUCACAGAAGUGGGUCUCUCUGCAUAUGCAAAGCACAUUUCUGGCCAGUUGCACAAAGAUAACGUUGAUGCCCAGGAAAGAGAAGAUGAUGGAAAGGGAGAAGAAGAGGAAGAAGAUUAUUUUGACAAGGAACUCGUUCAGUUAAUAAAACAAAGGAAAGAACAAAGUCGACAAGAUGAACCUUCCAAUAGCAGCCAAGAAAUAAACUCUGAUGACAGGCGACCCCAAUGGAGACGAGAAGACCGAAUCCCUUACCAAGACAGAGAGAGCUACAGUCAGCCAGCAUGGCAUCAUCGUGGACCUCCUCAGCGGGAAUGGAAAUGGGAGAAAGAUGGCUUUAAUAAUACUAGGAAAAACAACUUUUCACAUUCUUUGAGGAAUAGUGGUGGACCAAGAGGAUGUUCCGGGUGGCAUAAGGGUGUUGCAGGAGGCUCUUCAACUUGGUUUCACAACCAUGGUAAUUCUGGAGGUGGUUGGCAUUCAAAUAGUGGAACAGUAGAUUGGAAUCAUAGUGGUACAGGAAGGAAUUCCAGUUGGCAUUCUGAAGGAACAGGUGGCUUUUCCAGUUGGCAUGUGAACAGCAGUAACGGAAACUGGAAAUCCAGUGUACGUAGCACAAAUAGUUGGAAUUACACUGGCCCUGGAGACAAAUUUCAACCAGGCAGAAACAGAAAUUCUAACUGUCAAAUGGAAGACAUGACUAUGCUAUGGAACAAGAAAUCUAAGUCCAACAAAUACAAUCAAGAGAGAUAUACUUGGCAGAGGCAAGAAAAUGACAAAGUUGGUACAGUUGCCACAUAUAGAGGUCCUUCUGAAGAAUUUACAAGUGAUAAAUUUCUUUCAGAAGGCUUACUCGACUUCAAUUUUGAGCAGCUGGAAAGCCAAACCACUAAACAAACAGACACCAUACCUUCCAAAAUUGGUGGGAAGAAUGGCAGUGUAGCAAGGGAAAAGCUCCGUCGCUGGACUCCUUACCCUUCCCAGAAGACUCUGGAUUUACAGUCAGGAAUGAAAGAAGUCACUGGUAACAAGUCAGAAAUGAUCGAUAAGCCUUUGUUUGGUUUUAGCUUGACAAACACAAGAGCACAAGAGCCCCAAAUCAAUGAAACAAAUAAUUCCCCAACGCGGAAAACUCAAAAAGAAACACAUACAGGAUCUCUUAAUCACAAAGCCGCUUCUGACUGCACUGCUUCCUAUGAGGUGGCGAGAGAAUGCCCCAUUACAGAAAAACCUGAACAAGAGCAUAACUUAAAUAAGAUACCAUCAUUAAAAUCCCCACUCCUUCCAAUUCCAGUCACUAAAUCAGUUCCUCAAAAGCAAGAGCUAAAGAAUCCCUCAAAAAAUACCAAGACGAAUUCUUUUUUUCCUGGAGAACACUCAACUCCCUUGAAUAAACCCACUGUGGAAGACAAUCAUGGUCCUUCUUACAUAUCCAAAUUGCGAAGUUCAGGUCCUCAUGUUUCAAAAGGGAAUAAAAGUAUAUUUGGCACUCAAAGGGAACCUGAUGAAAAUUUAAUUGAUACGUUACAAAAAGCCAAAGAGGUGCUGCAGUGUCAUGAAUCGUUGCAAAAUCCACUUCUCAGCGCUUCUAAAAAGACCAGGAACUAUGCAAAAGCAGAUAGGAAUGUAGAAGAAUCUGAGAAAGGAUCUUUGAAGAUUGAGUUUCAAGUACACGCAUUACAAGAUGAAAGUGAUGGGGAGAUAUCUGACACGGAAAAGCAUGGAACGAAAAUUGGAACCCUGGGUUCUGCAACUACAGAAGUUUUAUCCUGCAGUGCUCACACUGCUGAUGAGAAAGAGGGGGAAGACCAAAACCUGAACACAUCUAGAAAACUAUCCACUUCCCCAUGUAAUUUGGCAGUUCCCCAGAAAGAAUCUGAGUUACAAAUGACAUCUGCAGCCAGUCCACACUCCGGCUUACUGCUAGAGUUGAAAAGCUCUCUAGAAGAUGCACAGGCUGAUGACCCUGUAAAAUCUCAUGCACCUUAUGAAACAGAAGGCUUUGAGAGCACGAGCUUGGAUGCAGAGCUUCAAAAAAGCGAUAUGGGUCAGCCCUCAGGCCCCCUGCUGCCUGAACUGAGUAAGCUUGGCUUUCCUGCCUCGCUCCAGAGAGAUCUAACCCGGCACAUUAGUUUGAAGAGCAAAACUGGAGCACACCUGCCAGAGCCAAACCUCAAUAGUGCUCGCCGCAUUCGCAAUAUUAGUGGUCAUCGAAAGAGUGAGACAGAGAAGGAGUCUGGGCUAAAGCCAACCCUUCGGCAGAUUCUAAAUGCGUCUCGGAGAAAUGUCAACUGGGAACAGGUCAUUCAGCAAGUAACCAAGAAAAAGCAAGAGCUAGGCAAAGGCUUACCCAGGUUUGGCAUAGAAAUGGUGCCUCUAGUUCAAAAUGAACAAGAGGUCUUGGAUUUGGAUGGGGAACCUGAUUUGUCCAAUCUAGAAGGAUUCCACUGGGAAGGUGUUUCCAUUUCUUCAUCCCCUGGGUUGGCAAGGAAGCGAAGCCUUUCUGAGAGCAGCGUCAUCAUGGACAGGGCUCCUUCUGUGUAUAGCUUCUUCAGUGAGGAAGGUACAGGCAAAGAAAAUGAGCCGCAACAGAUUUUUUCACCCAGUAACUCACUGAGGGCUGCACAGAGUCAAAAAACAACCAUGGGCCUCAAGCAGGAAGUGACACCUCUGGCUGCCUCCUUAAGAACAGGUGAAAGGGCUGAAAAUGUUGCUACUCGACGGCGACAUAGUGCACAGUUAUCCUCUGACCAUACAGUUCCUUUGAUGCAUUUGGCAAAAGACCUGAACAGCCAGGAGAGUUCUACAUCACCGUCAGAGAAUCAGAAUGCCCAGGAGAGUAAUGGAGAAGGAAACUCUUUAUCAUCAAAUGCGUCCUCAGCCCUUGCAGUCUCCAGUUUGGCAGAUGCAGCCACAGAUAGUAGCUGUACCUCUGGUGCUGAACAAAAUGAUAGUCAGAGUAUUAGAAAGAAACGAAGAGCCACUGGAGAUGGAUCUUCUCCUGAACUCCCAAGUCUUGAGAGAAAAAAUAAAAGAAGGAAAAUUAAAGGAAAAAAGGAACGUUCUCAGGUUGACCAGCUGCUGAAUAUUUCCUUAAGGGAGGAAGAACUAAGCAAAUCGUUGCAGUGCAUGGAUAACAACCUUCUGCAAGCCCGUGCAGCCCUUCAGACAGCGUAUGUUGAAGUUCAGAGACUACUUAUGCUCAAGCAGCAGAUAACUAUGGAGAUGAGUGCACUGAGGACCCACAGAAUACAGAUUCUGCAGGGAUUACAAGAAACAUAUGAACCUUCUGAGCGCCCAGACCAGGUUCCCUGUAGCCCUACACGAGAACAAAGGAACAGUAGAUCUCAAGCAUCUGCUGAUGCCAUGCUGCUGCCUACUCCCUUUUUCCCAGUUUUUCUGGAGCCUCCAUCUUCUCAUGUCUCUCCAUCUCCUUUCCGAGUAACCACAUCUCCUGCUUUCCAAGCCCAUGGCGUGGUUCCCGCUCCAGACUCAUCGGUUCAGAUUAAACAAGAGCCCAUGUCUCCUGAACAAGACGAGAAUGUGAAUGCUGUGUCACGAGGCUCUGUUUGCAAUGCCUCCAAGGAAUUACUGCAAGCCAAUAGAGAGAUCAAUGACAGUUGUCCAGUUUAUCCAGUUAUUGCUGCAACAUUGUCCUUGUCAGAGCUAACAGAAAGUUUCCAUGAGCCUAGCCAAGAACUGAAGUUUUCCGUGGAGCAGGGAAAUGCCAGAAACAGAGAAAACAUUCCCUCUUCCCAAUCAGCUGGUCUUCCUAGCAUAAAUAAAGAAGACGAAGAGCCAGCCAAAGGUAACAGUGGGUCUGAAGCCUGUACCAGUUCUUUUCCAAGGUUGUCCUUUGCCUCAGAAACCCCUUUAGAGAAGGAGCCCCACUCUCCAGCUGACCAGCCUGAACAGCAGGCAGAGUCCACUCUGACAUCAGCUGAAACUAGGGGAAACAAGAAAAAGAAGAAACUGAGGAAGAAGAAAACUCUACGAGCUGCCCAUGUUCCUGAGAACAGUGACACUGAACAGGAUGUAUUUUCUGCUAAGCCUGUAAGGAAAGUGAAAACUGGAAAGUCAACUAAAGGGGGGAAAGUCACAACCUCCACGUGGGAAGAUAGCAGAACUGGCCCAGAACAAGAGAGUGUCAGAGAUGAGCCGGAUAGUGACUCAUCUCUAGAAGUCCUAGAAAUUCCUAAUCCUCAGUUAGAAGUAGUAGCCAUUGAUUCUUCUGAAUCUGGAGAAGAGAAACCAGACAGCCCAUCUAAAAAGGAUAUUUGGAACUCCACAGAGCAAAAUUCGAUAGAAACUUCUCGUUCUGGUUGUGAUGAAGUGAGCUCCACCAGUGAGAUUGGCACGCGUUAUAAGGAUGGCAUCCCUGUAAGUGUGGCAGAAACUCAGACUGUGAUCUCCUCCAUAAAAGGAUCAAAGAACUCCUCAGAAAUAUCUUCAGAGCCAGGAGAUGAUGAUGAGCCCACAGAAGGGAGUUUUGAGGGGCACCAAGCUGCGGUGAAUGCAAUUCAGAUAUUUGGGAACUUACUGUAUACCUGUUCAGCAGAUAAAACUGUCCGAGCUUAUAAUCUGGUGAGUCGGAAGUGCAUUGGUGUCUUUGAGGGUCAUACCUCCAAAGUGAACUGCCUCCUGGUUACUCAAACCUCUGGGAAGAAUGCUGCCCUUUACACUGGUUCCAGUGAUCACACCAUUCGCUGCUAUAAUGUUAAGACACGAGAGUGUGUGGAGCAACUACAGCUGGAAGACCGGGUUCUCUGCCUCCACAGUAGGUGGCGAAUCCUUUAUGCAGGACUGGCAAAUGGCACCGUGGUCACCUUCAACAUAAAGAACAACAAACGACUUGAAAUUUUUGAAUGCCAUGGCCCUCGGGCUGUCAGCUGUCUUGCCACAGCUCAGGAAGGCGCCCGAAAGCUGCUGGUUGUGGGGUCUUAUGACUGCACCAUUAGUGUACGUGAUGCACGGAAUGGACUCCUCCUUAGAACUCUGGAGGGCCACAGCAAAACCAUUCUUUGCAUGAAGGUGGUGAAUGACCUUGUGUUCAGUGGCUCCAGCGAUCAGUCAGUCCAUGCCCACAACAUCCAUACUGGUGAGCUUGUACGGAUCUAUAAAGGUCACAAUCAUGCCGUGACUGUGGUGAACAUCCUAGGAAAAGUGAUGGUGACUGCUUGCCUGGAUAAAUUUGUUCGUGUCUACGAAUUACAGUCCCAUGAUCGGUUGCAAGUUUAUGGAGGACACAAAGACAUGAUUAUGUGUAUGACCAUCCAUAAAAGUAUGAUUUAUACUGGCUGUUAUGAUGGCAGUAUUCAGUCCGUGAGACUAAAUCUGAUGCAGAAUUACCGCUGUUGGUGGCAUGGUUGCUCUCUGAUAUUUGGCGUUGUAGAUCAUUUAAAACAGCAUUUGCUGACUGACCACACAAAUCCGAACUUUCAAACUCUGAAGUGUCGCUGGAAGAACUGUGAUGCUUUUUUUACUGCUAGGAAAGGAUCCAAACAGGAUGCUGCAGGACACAUUGAACGACAUGCUGAGGAUGACAGCAAAAUUGAUUCAUGAAGUUUUUUGCCUCCCAUGUUGGGAAGUCAUUAGUUCAACAAAUUUCACAUCAGCCCCUCACACAGGCCGCUCUCUUCCCUUCUCCAGUGAAGCAGGGAAGGAGACAGGGGUUACUAGCCAGGCUGACCACUCGCCCAAGUCUGGGCAGCUCUCUGGGAUGAUAGGGUACACUGUAAGUUCUUGCUGGAGGCUUGUCAGAUUUAUCUAAUUUUAAGGAACCACACUCCUCUUGGACAGCAUGACAUAUAGUAAUUUAUGCUUUUAGUGUUCUCCAGAAGUUUAUUAAAAAUACAGAUCUUAAUUGGUUACCCAAUUUGACCCUAAUGUUACAUAUAUUUUACUGAUUUCAGUUUGUGAUUUUUAGUUUAUGUUCUUAUGAUGGUUUAAACCUAUAGUCAGGCUUUGAAGUACAAGUUUGUUCAAAUGCUAGAUUUUUAGGAUCAAUUUUGAUUUCUCCAGUUGCAGUAACUGGGUGUUUAAAUUGGAAGCAAAUAAUUUCCUUUCUUAACAAUUAUGUGCAGUGUGUUUCAGUAUUCUCUUGCUUUGUAGAUGGACAGAGCUGGCUUUAAAUACUAAAGAGACGUAGUAGAUUUUUUAACAGCUAGAGUGACUGCUCUGCUGAUUAUAUUUUAGGAACUCAGCAAAUCACUUAAUGACAAGUUCUUGCAGACAGCACUUCCUGUUGAACCUCUGCAAGUUUUGUUAGAGUGCUUGGUUCAAGACAGUGCACAGACCCAACGUCUACCUUGAAAUUUUGCUGUUAGACCUGGGCCCUCACUGCUGCAGGUAUUGUCAGGCUGUUUGAACUGGAGGAGUCACCUUCAUCUCCCUUUCCAGUUUCUGAGUCUGCAAGCCUGCUGUAGGUUUGAAACCUUUUAGUUUGCUCCAUUGCCAACCCAUAUCUCUCCUACUAUCUACCUGUGCCUAGACUCAUGGCAGCCAUCAAAUACUUCCUCUGGGCUCACAGGUGCUUUCCCCCCACCUGCAGCACCCAAGAUGGGGGAGUGAGGAGAAAGCAUCUGAAUACAGUUUUUUUUAGGGCCUCAAGGAGACUUCUUAGAGACUGAUUUCUCAAACUGGUCUCUUGCCUUCACCUCCCUGUUAACUGGAAAGGAAGAGUAGAGUCUGGUGACGGUAAAGACUGUACCUGUCCGUUGAGAGCAGCAGAAUUAACAAAACCUUAGUGAGACUGCUUUGUUAUUGGAUUUUCUCUGGACUCUUAAGCAAUAGAAGUGCGGCUUUCCAGCCUUUUCUUUCUGGAUUCUCAAAACUCUGAAAGAUUUUUCAGAGAGAGAGAGAAGAGAAAAGAGCCCAGUGCCACUGACAAAGCUUCAGGAUGUGAAGCCUCCUAUUUUCUAGGAGAGCGGAGCGUCAGGUUUAUCUCCACCCCGUUCGUGCGCACACAUCUGUUCAUGUGUCUUCACAUGCGCUCUGGGGCAGGGGCACUUCCCCAGGGUUCAUAGAUAGGUUUCAAGAGGGUAUGCGAACCCCCUGAAAUUGUAUGCAAGGCUCAGUAUGUGUUCUUUUUUUCCAGGAAAGGCUCUAGUGGUUCUUACUGGAUCCAAAAAACGUUAAGAACUAAUCUAGGAGCUACUACUAGAUGAUGAAUGGCCCCCCAAGUUAACUACUUCUGUCCUUGUGAAUGGGAAAACUCUUGUUGACCACACUGUUGAGAUUUGCAUGAUGUUUGAGAGGGGACAGAGAAGAUCCUAUUAUAUAAAGUGCAUUUCUGCUGUUUGUGUAUGAGAUAAGCUUUUCCCACCUCUCACCCCCAUUUCCUGUAUGGGUGACCAGAGAAGCUAGGCUGUUCUGUGGAUUUGGGAAUGGUGAUUUCCCAGGAAAGUACAGUUGGAUUUAUUGGUUAAUCUGGCGUUUUUCUCUGGGCUGUAGUGAACUCACAUUUCCACGUUGGCCGGGCAGUGUGCUAAGAAAGUCUUGUAUGCUCUGUUGCGUAGGUGCCCUCCUGUCCUGCCUGAGGACAUGUCUGAAAAGAUGAGAGUGGUGGAGCCUUCUACAGGAGGUGGGGGGUAUGUGAGGUGUUGGGCAGUCGUGGGGAACCUUUGAAGGUAUGAACAGACUGGCAGAAUCAGUAAGAACUGAUUUGGUAGAACUGUGCACAGUCUGUCUGCCUUUGUGUAGUUAUGAAUGUUCCUUGUACGUGUGUAUGCACGUGGGCACCUAUACUUGUAAUACUUUUGCUCAUUUCACAAAAGUUUUCUUUGAAGCAGUGGCAAUAAUGUCUUUGUUUCAAGAAGGUGUAAAAUUCGUGUAACACCAGGUUGGUGUGUUAUCCUAAAUGCACUGUUCUAGCCCUCUGCUUAGAAAUAAAGGCACCAUGAGCAUCUUGGCUGCUUAUGGUUGUGUGUUACUACUUUUAAGUGUCUUGAAAGUUAUGCAGAACUUUGGCCAUUUUUAAGUCGUCUUCACUGUCUUGCCUGAUUCUAGCUCUCUGACUCCUCUCAGAGAAGAGCUGUGGCUCAGGGAUUUGCGUUGACGCUGUGUUACAGUACUUGACAGGUACCAUAGUACCUGCCAGAACCUGACUCAAGGAGUUGGACGCCAUUUUUAGAAUGUUAUUUAAAUUGCCUGUGCCUACUUCUGACAGCUCGAAGCCAAGAAAAUCAUAGUAUGAGUCCUUUUGUGUGCAUAUGCUAGUGUUUUAAUGGCAGUUUAUUCUGAUAAAAUAUCAGUCACUUCAAGUUUUAUCCUAAAGUUUUUAAUCAGGUUCAAAAUGUAUUUUGGCAGACUCCUCUACUCAGUUAUAAAGCAGUUAAACAUAGUGCAAACGAAACUCUUAAGAGGGAAGAAUUAUCUUGACCUGAUGUUACUUGAAUUUGAGAGAACGUCAUUGCGACAACACUCCUGCUUUUGUGGGGAAACUUUUUUCCUGCCUCAGAAGAGUUAGCAGUUGAGUGUUUAGCUCCUGACCUACCUAUAAUUUAUAGGCAGUAUUAUUGCUGUUUAAGUGAUUAUUUGCCUAACAAAGGUGUGGGGGUUUUUUUUGUUUUUUUUGUUUUCUUUUUGGUAGAUUAUACAGUGGACAACUUUAAUGACUAGGCAUGUGGAUGAUUUGAUGGGAGUAGGUGUACAAACCUUAGUGGAAUGGUAUGGUAUAUUUUAUGGAAGAAUUCAUGGGAGGGGAGAUCAGAGUAUAUUGUGAAGUGGGAUUUGAACAGCACAUACCCUCUGGUUUGCUUAAAUAACUGCGAUUUAUAUAUGCUCACUUAUAAAUUUUGUUCCUCUUAACUAAAGGAGAGCUCCUAGAACUGCUGUAAAGGCCAUGCCUGCCACAUUGAUAAAAUAGUGAUUUCAUCCCUGCCCCAAAUCAUCAGGAUCCUCAGCUUUUCAGAGAAGCUGUCUCAUGGAUAGGAAAGAAGCUGUGGGGGAGGUGAUCUGGGCUAUGUUGGGUUCCAUAUGCAAGUGGAUGGGAGAUCCUGAUAUAAGCCAAACCUGCCACUUAUCAGACAGUAACCUCUAACCUUACCUCCAACUGCUACGUAUGUGGUCCUGCUGGGUCAUGUAGAGACUAAAGUUUCCCAGAUUUGCUCUAAAUUCAAGGUAGUAGUCCAGUUGAAUUGGGGGUGGGGUCGGGGAGGGAGUCAAGGAGGAGAGGCUGUUGAAGAUCUUUCUCCUGUUUAAGAGACAUACAUGCCCUAGAGCUGCUCCAGUACCCUUGGUCUCUCAAAUUCUUUUUAUAUUGAAUAUGGUUUAGAAGAAUGAAAUCAGAUGACACCUGACUGCAAAAAUGUUUAUAAGCAAAUAGCCUUCUUACAUUUUGGUAUAAAGCUGUGAACUUCCUAACUUUGUAAAGCAAGAUAUAAAGCAAAUACAAAAAGAAAAUAAAGUAAUUUUACUAAUUGUUUA